ACCAGACCCAUGAAGAUGCUUCCUCUGACAUAUCUACUCUGUGUCUUUUAUGUCUACAUCCAAGGAUCCUGUGGCGAGAUUGUGAUGACUCAGACUCCGGAUUCUAUCUCUGUGUCCCCGGGACAGACAAUGACUGUGACAUGUACUUCUAGUAAAAAUCUAUAUUGGUCUGACGCAAGAGCUCACUUAAUAGCCUGGUACCAAAAGAAAGCAGGACAACCUCCUAAACUCCUCUUGUAUCACACCAGUACUCGAGCAUCUGGGGUUCCAGAUAGGUUCAGUGGAUCUGGAUCAGGAACUCAGUUCACAAUGACAAUACAGGGAGUAACUGAAGAUGAUGAAGGAAAUAUAUUACUGUCAGCAGUAUAUUGAGUUCCCUCUCAC